AUGGGCAGCAACAUUUCUUUAACUCUGAAAAAAAAAGAAGCUAGCAAAGAUUGGGUUCAGGGAUUUUUAAGCAGGCAUCCAGAAUUGUCGAUACAAAAACCAAAAAACACUUCAGCUGCACGUGCCGCUGGGUUUAAUAAACAAGCUGUUGAACAGUUUUUCAACUUUCUCGGCAACGUUUAUGAUGAGCAUAAACUUUCACCGGACAGAAUAUAUAAUUGUGAUGAAACAGGAGUUUCCGUGGUACCUAAAACCAAGUCAAAAAUAAUUGCACGAAAAAGUAGAAAACAAGUGGGAUCCAUUACUUCUGCGGAGAGAGGUACUACAAUAACUAUAGAAAUAUGUUUUAGUGCUAGUGGCCAAUACAUGCCUCCAAUGAUGGUAUUCCCAAGAAAGAGGAUGGAUCCUCAGCUAAUGCUGAAUGCUGCGCCUGGAUUUUGGGAUGUGUGUAGCGAUUCUGGCUGGAUGACAGCUGAAUUAUUCCUUGGCUGGUUUAAGAAGUUUGUUGAAUUUAGUGGAGCAACGGUUGAUCGACCUGUACUGUUGUUGUUAGAUGGCCACAGCACUCACACACAAAACCUUGACGUCAUUAAUGAAACUCGUUCAAACGGGGUUAUUAUAUUUUGCUUCCCUCCACAUACGAGUCAUCGACUUCAAGUUGCUGAUGUAGCAUACAUGAAACCCUUGAGCACAUACUACGACCACCAAAUCACAGCCUGGCUUCGAAGCCAUCCAGGUGGUGGUAACUGUCCGGCAAGUAGCAGAGAUUUUUGGUAA